UCCUAAGAUGUCGACUUGACACGAGCCUUUCUGGAAUGGGAGCCCCAGAUUUUAGUGAACAGCCGCCCUAUAUUUUCUGGGCUGCUCAAGCCUGGCUAGAAGCCUCGCUGGGAAACAAGGAAUCGGCGGGGGCUUGCCCGACCCUCACCGCUUGCGCCUCCCUGACCCCAUCCCGGGGGCCCAGUGCUGCCGGGCUGCAGCUGUCCAGGCGGCCGCGGGGCUGCAGCUCCAGGCGCGGGCGCGGCUCCAGGGUCACCGUCCUCAGCUGGGACAGGCCUGACACAGCCAAGCGCCAGAGAGCCCCGGCUGACUGGCGGACACAGGAGCAACGCCUGCAGCCCCAGAACUUGAUGACCGCCCAGAGGGUGUGCACAGUGCGUGCCGAGGGCUCACACCGUGGCCGCGGGUUCCGCGGCCGCCCAGGAGGCCCCCGAAACCUGCGACCUGGGUCAGGGCCCGGCGAGCCAGAACCCAAGACAGAGCCAGGACCCCGGGACUCGGCUGGCUUGAAUCGAGACAAUAAAAUUAGGCGGUGAAAAUUGGGCGUAAAGGCAAUCUUGGUGUCUGACCACUGUAGGUAUAGGGGCCGGGCCGAGUUGGCUGGGAGGAGAAUCCUGGGGGACAAACCAGGUACUGCUUUGGUUAUUUUUUUAAUGUGAUGUUUAAUAUAACAAUCACACCGUAGCACCAAAAGUGUCGCACACAGUGUGGAAGCCGCCCGGGCUGUCUCUGGCCGCGGCAUGCCCUCCGCUGUACAGGAACCGAGGCUGCUCUGGCGUUCACCCAUCAGGAGGCCAGAAGGGAGGGGACCCCAAUCCGGGCCCAGCCUCUCCCAGACCCUAGGCGGGGAACACGCUUCGGCCUCCUCUCGGGUGCGCGCAUCAACCACGGAUGUCGAAUGGUUCCAGAGGCAAAACGCAAAAGCAAACAGAGAACCUUUCGAAGGGCCCCGGAGCCCUGUGAACACGCUACACAGUGCAUUUAUUUGGGUCGUAAUAGUCUCCGCCAAGCCCACAAAAUGUUUACGACCCGCAUCCCAGUGCUUUCACGCUGUAAAACUGGGGACUGGAUUUUGGUUGAUGUCUCUCCCGGGUGUUCUCUCUUUCCUUUCACACACACACAAUAUCUCUCCUUCCUCUCUCUCCCUCUCUGUCUCUCUCUCAUCUCAUAUAUACAUAUAUAUAGAUGGAUAGAUACAUAGAUAGAUACAGAUAUUACAGACACACGCCUUCAUUACAUUUCCGUAUAUAAUUUCAAAACGUCUGAUUGUAAGAAGGGUUUUAUAGCUUCCCUGGGAGUCAACCGUGGAUUUGUAUUCAAGCCGCAGACAGGGAGCUCAAUUUAUGUUAACUGCAAAUAAAUGGUGAAGUCGCAGAUCCGUGGAUGCAGAGAGAAAGCUCGAUUUGUGUAACUACAAAUAAAUGAAGUCACAGAUCGGUGGCGACUGCGUGUCUCCACUGAUCACGGAGGCCUCAGGUAGGUGCAGGCCGCCCAGGGUCUCCCAGGCCAGGGUGGACUGUCCAAAGGCUCCUCCCUUGCCCUUGGCAGGCUGGUGGCUGGGAGUCUGCUUUUCCUCUGGGAAGCCUGGGAGUGGCUUCCCCGCAGCGGGCCUUCACCCAGGCAAGACCCCGCACCAACCCAAUCUCAUUUGUACGCGACAGGGACGAGUUUGUCUUUGCGCCCAGGCUAGGGAUCACUCACUCACUGGAUAGAGAACAGAUGCAGCUGGUGAGAGAGGCAAGGGUGGAAACCUUUAGGAAGCAAUUUGCCUGCCACCCAAAUCUCUGGAAGGCGCUAUUCCCUGCCUAGAGCUGGCUUUACCUUCAUAAUUGAAUUUAAAUAUUGGUAUUUGGUAACAAGAAGCAGAGUGAACACGCUCUGCCAGUAGGUAGGAAGGAAGCUCAGGGACGGCAGUGGAAAAUGUCUAUCUAAAAAUAGCUCUACUGAUUAGAAACCCGCCUACUUGUGCCUGCUUCAGGCUGAGGGUCAAUGAGUAUUUCUGUGAAAAUUAUCUCACAUAACCUAGUGCAUUUGUGUCUUUUCAGUCAAAUAAGUAGAGAACCAAUGAAUAGAGAACACACAGUUAAAGAAGCCUUAUUGAAAGCCUGAUUUUAUCCAACCUUUUCGUUUUAAAUCAGACCACAGAGGGCAAGAGGGGAGAAAGAAGCCUGGAAACGAAAGAGAGGUUUCGGUGUCCGCGGGACUCGGCCCAGUUGGCUGACUUGGGUCCAUAAAGGCCGAAGCCUUGCGGGCAGUAUCCGCAUCCUCCUUGGCCGGGGCAGAGGGGCAGUGCGUCCUGCCAGAACCUCCUGGACGCGCAUCGGGCAAAACCGGAGCAGGAAUGAGCCGGUGGCGAGGGCACCCGGCCCUCCCUUGGCGAAGUGCGUUCCUUCCCGCGCUCCCCGAAAUCGCUCCCCGCUCGGGCUGUUGGACUGGGCAGGUUCUACUUUAAACACCAGCUCUGUUGGCCCCUCCAGUCGCUUGAGUCUAGACAGACGGCGGCGGCGGGGGCCCUGGUCUUUUCUCUUUGCGUCUUGCUGUGUGUCACCCCAGGAACAAUUUAUUGGUCUAAAACGGUCUAAUUCUGCCUCUUUGAUCUCCCAGCCUUCUUGUUUGCUUCAUCUUCCUUUAACUUUCUUGGGUUUUUAUUUCCUUCCAGAAGGCGAUGCGACUGGGAUUAUUUAGGUCUUUUCUUUUUGUCUUACUCCCUCUAUUCUCCAUCGGAGACAAGGUAUCAUCUGAUCCGCCAUAAAGGCGUCCCCGGAUGUUGUCCGUCACUCCACACCCCUACCCCCAGGCUUCCGUGGCCCGGGAGGAGACAGCCCAGCGCCCACCUGCCCCACCAGGCCCCGCCUUGCUACCCAAGCCCCGGUGGUUCGCUGCGCAGGAACUGGGGCUCCGUGGCGUCCCGAUCUGAACCCUCCCUCCACCUUUUGUAUUCCUGGGACUCCCUGAGAGGGUGCGGUAAACGGGGACGGCCUGGACCCUCUGAAAGUGAUGGGAAGUGCUUUGUACACAAGGAACUAAACUCUAUAAUUUACAGGAGAAUUUCCGGGGCAAUUCCAUUGUGAGGUCGGGUUUAUGGUGUGUAAUCGAGCUGAGCAGUAAAAGGUGGCCGGGCUUCCAGCGCAGCCGGGCAGUUUAUGAGGCGUUUAGGGGAAGGGUUCUCCCCAUCAUCCUCCACCGAGCGGUGGGCGGCAGGGGCUUCAGCUGGUCCAACAUGGUGCAGGGGUCGGAGGCCUGGAAGGUAGGAAUUGGAGGCCUGGAUGGGAGGGAGUGAGGCCACUGUGCGCUCAGCUCCAUGUGAGCUGGUACUUGGAUAGGUGAAGCCUCCACAGCUGGGUGGCCUUUAGGGGGUGGUUCCCCCCAUUUGUUUCCGGUGUCUUCAAAAGAAAAGGAAGUCCACAGUGGGUUGCAGUCCCUAGACGCCAGAGCCCCCUCUCCAAAUCGGCUCUAAAGCAUGUAUUGUUCCCAGGCACCCCGGCCUACCCCAGAAACCUUCCAGUAUUGGGAGUGCCUGGAAGGGUGCAGGCCUGCGAUUUCUCCAAGCUGGGGGAAACAGCCCUGGCUCCCCAUGCGCCAGAGGGGAACCAGAAGUUGUGGCAAGGACAAAGGAAUCUUUAGCAAUUUAUCGGACUGCUGGAGCCAGCCAGGUGCCCAGGAGCGAAGGCACAGAGCCUGCAGCACUACAGCGUCCGGGAGGAGGGAGGGGAACCCCACGUUAAUAAAUCUGUUGGCAAAUGAGUCUCAUUAAUAGAUAAAUAUUUCACUGCUUCCUUUAGGGCGGAUAAACAGUGUGCCUCCGAUUAAGGAAAGGAAGCUGGGAGACGUUGACUUUAUUCGAACCACAUGGCUCCAGUUUGCGGUGGCAAUCUCUCUGCAGCUGCAAGAGAUGCUGCGCCUUCCCCGUCUGGAUCCGUGUCUAAGUCCGGCCUGUCGCCCACUGGACCUGGGCGGCUGCGGGCCCCGCGGAGCGAGACCACCUGUGAGGGCUGCUGAGAUUGGCGGAGGCGGUCAUGUGGGCGGUCACGUGCUGCGGCGAGCUCCGUCCAAAAGAAAAUGGGGUUUGGUGUAAAUCUGGGGGUGUAAUGUUAUCAUAUAUCACGCUACCUCGUAAAACCGACACUGAAAGCUGCCGGACAACAAAUCACAGGUCAAAAUUAUGAGUUCUUCGUAUUAUGUGAACGCGCUUUUUAGCAAAUAUACGGCGGGAGCUUCUCUGUUCCAAAAUGCCGAGCCGACUUCUUGCUCCUUUGCGCCCAACUCACAGAGAAGCGGCUACGGGGCGGGGGCCGGCACCUUCGCCUCGACCGUUCCGGGCUUAUACAAUGUCAACAGCCCCCUUUAUCAGAGCCCCUUUGCGUCCGGCUACGGCCUGGGCGCCGACGCCUACGGCAACCUGCCCUGCGCCUCCUACGACCAAAACAUCCCCGGGCUGUGCAGUGACCUCGCCAAAGGCGCCUGCGACAAGGCGGACGAGGGCGCGCUGCAUGGCGCGGCUGAGGCCAAUUUCCGCAUCUACCCCUGGAUGCGGUCUUCAGGACCUGACAGGAAGCGGGGCCGCCAGACCUACACGCGCUACCAGACGCUGGAGCUGGAGAAGGAGUUCCACUUCAACCGCUACCUGACGCGGCGCCGCCGCAUUGAAAUCGCCCACGCGCUCUGCCUCACCGAGCGCCAGAUUAAGAUCUGGUUCCAGAACCGCCGCAUGAAGUGGAAGAAAGAGCAUAAGGACGAAGGUCCGACUGCCGCCGCAGCUCCCGAGGGCGCCGUGCCCUCUGCCGCCGCCACUGCUGCCGCGGACAAGGCCGACGAGGAGGACGAUGAUGAAGAAGAGGAAGACGAGGAGGAAUGAGGGGCCGAUCCGGGGCCGUCGCUGCACCGGACAGUCGGAAAAGCGUCUUUAAGAGACUCACUGGUUUUACUUACAAAAAUGGGAAAAAUAAAAGAAAAUGUAAAAAACAAAAACAAAAAAGCAACCCAGUCCCCAACCUGCACUCUACCCACCCCCAUCACCUACUCCAGCUCCCAACUUUUGUGGACUGAGCGGCCGCAGAGACUGGGUCGCCUUGGAUUCCCUCUGCCUCCGAGGACCCCAAAAGACACCCCCAACCCCAGGCCAGCCGGCCCUGCUCUGGCGCGGCCAAAAUACUACCUAGCACAGGCCUCUGCUCGAGGCACCCCCAAACUACCUAUGUAUCCAGCCCCAGAGGGCCUCCAUUCCCAGGAAGUCCCUAUGUAUCCCAACACUGGCAGACACCCAGCACCACCCUCCCAGACCCGCAAGAAAGUGAAUCUCACUACUACCUACUCCCCUAAAACUACCUAUUUUGUGCUGGAUGGCUUGCCUGCUACCUAGUGCCGACUGCUCCCAGGCAAGUCCCCUGCUGCUUACAGCCCGCAGCUUUUGGGGUCCCUGAGGUUGCCCUGAGAAUGUGCUGAAGUCCAGGAUCAGGGUAUUGGCAUCUAUUUAAAUCGAAAAAUAAUAUAUUUAUUCCAAAAAGCAUCCUAAGUGCUUGCACCCUAGAAUCAAUCCCUCCUUCUCUGGCUUGGCACCCACAGCUCAGGCCCAUCAACCCCCACUUCUGGAGGGGAAUGUUCCUGAGCUGGCUGCAGAUCUGUGGGUUAGCUUCUGCUUAGCAGGACUGUGGAGAUGCUCCCAGCUUCGCUGUCCUUUCCUCUGGCUCCUGUAUCUUACUGUUCAGCUGUGUUAAAUAUGUAUGCCCUGACGUUUCCUAUAAUAGCAGAUACUGUAUAUUUGAACAAGAUUUUUUUUGAUCAUUUCUAUAGUCUUGGAGUUCAUUUGUAAGGCAGUGUCUUGACUUGGAAAGGAUGUGUUAAUGGGGUGACUUUGUAGCAUGGUAUGUUGUCUUGAGUUAACUGUAGUGGGUGGGGAGGUCCAAUGCCCUCCGCAAUGCCCUUCAUCUCCUGUGUUGUCCUGUACCCUGCUCAGCUCCAUCCUGGGGUUCAGGGAAGGCACACUUCCCAGCCCAGUUGUGUUUUAUGUAACCGAAAAUAAAGAUGCUUGGUGACAAAGAAAAA